UGACAAUCGACUAACUGCGACCACGACCACCAUCCGUGUCGAGACAGCUGGGUGCACCACCUCGAUCUGACGAGUCCACUUCGAGCGGGUGAGGCCCAGCGUCUUUAUGAAGCCUUGAACACUUACAUCCGCUACGUUUCUCGACUUCCGACAUCCCCCCAUCUGUCAGAGCAAUGGAUCCCAUGGACUUUACCAUGGACGACUCGAGCAACGUACUGGCCGCAUCUGCACAUCGAUACCAGUGUCAACAACCUCAAGCCCAGCCGCAUUCGCAGACAAACGCAGCCAAUUUCGCAUCUCAGGGUCCCUCCCAAGCUCGAGAUAGCCAGCAAUACGAUCCCGUACACGAGUCGUCUACGUGGUACCACCACCACCACCACCACCACAAUAAUUCAAACGCUACUUCCCGUCCGCCAUACCCAGCUCCAGGGAACCUCUCACCGUGGGCUUCACCCCAUACCGAUCAGCCUCAUAAUUGGUCACCCUUCGCAGAGAUGGACCGUUCAGGCAGGAGUCAAGACUACAAUUCCCCGGACUAUCGUCGACCUUUUAUUCCUUGGAACGAGUCAAGAGGUUUCGACGCAUUCGGUCAUUCUGCGUACAUCCCACCUCCCGUGAGCGGGGCGAGCAACAUGUCUUCGGACGCUGCUCUGCAAGCAAGGACAACAUCUCUACGAGGCUACGGGAUGGAUCAGCAACAGCCGUAUCUGUUCUCACGAGACGUGCCUCGUGCAACAGCUAUACCUCAGUAUAAUCCGAUGCCAUCUAGCACAGCUUCAUCGGAGCCUCGACCGCCUCAGGCCAGUGGAGCAGCAUCAGUAUCUGUUGAAACCUCAGCAUUCCAGCAACCGCCGUCUUUCACGGAUUUGAGACCAGGGAUGCCGCGGGCUAGAUCAAAUAUUUCUCGACACGAGGAUAUCUUGGAAGGAUCACGUCGACGACGUCUGGCAACCGCAUGGGAUUCUGAUGACGACGAGGAGUCUGCUGCGUCUUAUGAGAGAAUGGAAGUCGCUCGCCGUCAUGCCGCAGAAACACUGUUCGGAGCCUAUGAUGACGAACGCUCUGUAGCAGCUAUCCGAAGCGCUGUGGCUGCCGCUAAGAGAGUACCAUCUAAGGAAGCCCUCGACUCAUUAGAGCCCGUAAAAGUCGCAGACCUAAAGGAUGCUGACCGAACUUGCAUAAUCUGCUACAAUGAAUUCGGUGUUAGUAACCCAGAGGGAGAAAUUGAGAACCCUAUCCGCCUGCCUAAAUGCAAGCAUGUCUUCGGAGACAAAUGCAUAAAGAAGUGGUUCGAGGACUCCGAUAGCUGCCCGUAUUGUCGGGAUAAGCUGCCUUCGGAAUCAGCUGCUAGAAAGAGUCUGGGUGCGUAUCAAAGCUACAGAUUAGCUCAUCGGGAACAAAUGAGACUGGCAGCUAUGGCAGCCCAGAGACAAAGAUAUUCAUCAUACGCUUCAACAGAUGUGCCUUCGGUCCCAGGCGACUCAGAUAGUAGCAGCUCUGCAACAGCUCAACGUGCUCAAGCAGAUAUCGAGUUCAUGAUGGCAAGACAAGCUGAAUACUACUAUCCAUCGAAUCGCAAUGCGAAUGGUGAUUCGCCAGAACGAAGACGCCAGGCACGGGGAAGACAUAGUGGAAUCAGAGCACCGCAUUACCCGGGACGCCCAACCUCCGUCGGCUCAGCCAGACCUUCUAAUCCAUCCUUCACUCACCAACCUCCGAGAAACUUUGCCGAUUACUAUGCACCGCAGAGACGAAAUGUUGCCUCUGAAACUUCUAUGCGAGAAACUAGAGAUACUCGAGACAGAGAAGCCCGAACAGCAGCAGAGGCCAGACUCGCAUCUGCUGUCUCUCCAUUUCGAGCCAGCUGGGGUCAACCUUCCUCGGAAGUCUCUGGCUCUGCUGGUCGAACUCCAGCACCAAGGCUGGCUACCGAUGCUUCGGCACCAACAGAAGCCACAUCACCGCCUGUAGCCGUCGGGUCCGGCGUGUCUGUCAGGCGGCAGAUCGAUCAAUCGGGUUCAGCGGCUGCUCGACUGAGUCUGGACUCCGACAGUUCCGAUUUUAUGUUUGAGCCUUCAGGCGAAAGUCGAAAUCGCCAAUCACUAGAUCAGGCCAAUAAUGGAGAAAACCGCGGGCAAGGUCAAAAUGAAUCUUCCCCAGGUAUUCCAUCAUUUGGUGCUCUCCUUGAAGUCAGUAAUAAUUCGGCCACUCGUUUUGGGUCGGAUGCUAGCAACGACGCUGAUGACUUGGCUCGUAUCGGUCGCAUGGAUGCUGGUAUUCCCCCCGGCUGGGGCGCCAUCAAUUGAAACUCCACGCGUUGAUUUACGCUUCUGCCAGUCUACCCCCUAACUGAGCAGAACGUCCUCUCACAUUCACCAGAGGCGUCCUGAAAAUGCUGUGAAAAAGUAAACAUUACACAGCCUGGAUUCCAUGAAAUUGCAACAACAUGAGAGUGUCUUCCUCCACUUUUGCUUCAUUAUUUUCGAUCGACUCUAGCAUGCACUGUAUGCACGGAUUGAACUGGGCUUUGGGUGGACAAGGCGUCAAUGGAGCAAAUUGGGUUCAAUCCUUGCUCUUGAUUUUCCGCUCAGUAGCUUAAUGAACUGAUAUAUGAAUUCAAAAACAUUCAGAAAUUGCCCGU